AUUUCUAAACAGUGUACAGUCCCAUUGGCGUUAUCCUUCAAACUAAGAUUACAGGAACUUGACCUAUUCUUUCUGCAGGAGACGACGCUAAUGCCUACCAGUGUUCUACUGCCUAUGAACAAAUGAGCAACGUAACAUAGACGGGCCUGUACUAUAGCACCAUGUCCCUUGCCAUCCACAUACUGGCUUGUGUAUUCGGCACAGGCUCAUGGGUUGCCAUCAAUGGCCUUUGGGUGGAGCUUCCGCUUAUUGUGAAUGUUUUGCCUGAAGGAUGGGACUUGCCCUCUUAUCUCACUGUCAUCAUUCAACUAGCUAACGUAGGACCCCUGUUUGUCACUCUCAUGCACAAGUUUGCUCCAGGGAAGAUGAAGGAGAUUGUUGCUAUCUAUGUUAUUAUCAGCAUCGGGAUCUUGGCCAGCUUGCUGAUGGUGUUCUUCUGGAAGCAAACUACGUUGCUGGUGGGCACACCUCACAGUACAGCCUUUCUGACACUCACCUUCUUCUUGUCACUAGUGGACUGCACAUCCUCCGUGACCUUCCUUCCCUUCAUGAUGAGACUCCCGACCAAGUACAUGACCACCUACUUCAUUGGAGAGGGUCUGAGUGGCUUCAUUCCUGGCCUUGUGGCACUGGGUCAAGGUUCUGGGAUGAUCAAGUGUGUGAAUGCUUCAAAGCCAGUCAACGCGACCACUGGUAACUUCACAGAGGGGGCAAUUGUUCACCAGAUUGAAACUCAUUACUUGUCUGCCAACUUCUCCACAGAGACAUUCCUGGCUUUCCUCACGGUUAUGAUGAUUUUCUGCUUGCUGGCCUUCAUUUUCCUCACACGGGUUCCUCACAAGAUGCUUCAUGAAGUGCAAGUGUCAAAUGAAGUGUUGCAUUUCUCAACCACUGAACUAGAACUGAAUAAAUACAUCCCUGAGCAACCAGCAGAUACACAGAGCUUCAGUCUUCACGAUCCAAGGAAGGCAAUGGACAAAGCUAAGCUUGCGGCCGAAACACAAAGUGUGUUGGUCAGUGCAUUCUCUAAGUAUUCCAAGCAGCAGCUUCUCUUCAUUUAUCUUCUUGUUGUCUGGGUGAAUUCAUUGACCAACGGUUUCCUACCAUCAGUGCAGACAUAUUCAUGCCUACCCUAUGGAAACAUUGCUUACCACUUGUCUGCUGCUCUGGGUUCCAUGGCCAAUCCUGGUGCCUGCGUUAUUGCUCUGUUUGUACCCAACAGAUCCUUGGUGCUGCUGGGAUUCCUGUCUCUGGUCGGCACAGUGUUUGGUGCCUAUAACAUGGCAAUGGCUGCCCUGAGCCCAUGUCCUCUGUUACAACACUCUGAGGUUGGAGCCAUCUUGAUUGUUCUUUCGUGGAUUUUGUUUUCUGGCACCUUGUCAUAUGUCAAGGUGAUGAUUGGAGUCAUUUUUCGUGAUGAGAGUCACAGCGCCUUGGUGUGGUGUGGAGCAGCAGUGCAACUAGGAUCAAUGAUUGGAGCAUUGAGUAUGUUCCCACUUGUAAACGUGUAUGACAUUUUCACUGCAGGGGACAGCUGUAACAUGAAUUGCCCCCUCUAAACCCUCCCCAAAAGAAAUUAAGAUGGGGAUUUAAAAAAAGGCAACAAGGAAGCAAAGUAAUACCACACUUUAUACUGAAUGACCAAUCUCAUUCUUACUGUAUCAUUGCACAGUUUCCAAGCGUCAAUUCACAUGUUAAUUCACUGAUCACAAAAACGUAGAUUUAAAUCUGUAACUUUUUAACAUUUUGGAUUAAGUCUUGAGGGUUCCCCCUUUUAAGUGUAUUUCCCUGUUUAAUGCAUACAAUUUGCUGAGCUCUGCCUAGAAAUAGGCUGUUUCCAGUAUACAUCUCUAUGGCUCUAUGACUUGACAGUGAUCUGGUAUAUGUAAAUAAAGAUAAGAUUAAACGCAAGCAAUUUAGGCUUGAGACCAGCAGAUAUAUUUUCCUACAGAGAGUUGUGAUGGUGUUACUGCACUCCCAAAGAUACUGAUAGACAUUGAGAUCAUGUUGACAUUUAAGAGAAAAAAGGAAUAGAUGAGAGAGGUGAUUGAUUGAAAUUAGGAAGUGCUAUGGGGUUGGUUAGAUAUUUGUACACAAAGAUAACAUUUAUAACACAAUUGGUGGGCGGCACGGUGGCACAGCAGUUAGCACUGCUGCCUCACAGCGCCAGAGACCCGGGUUCAAUU